AUGGGGUUUGUAGGGCUGGAACAGGUUACAGUGAUAAAGAUUGACAAAACCAUGGAGGAUUUGAACAAUGAAUCUGAGAAUUUUAAAUUUGAGGUAUUGGGCUCCAGCAGCUCAAUGGGGCCAAGGGUGCUGGAUGAGUUGGAAUUGGAACAAGAAAGGAUGCCUUACCUGGGUUCGGAUGCAAUGGCUGUCUUCAUCUUGGGGUCUGCUUGCAGCGGCCACCACUUAGUCCUGAUGCUCCUGAGACAGCUAGAGCUGCUGACCACUGAGAAGUUGCUCAACUCGAAGCAGUCUCAUCACAGGUUACUGUUACUGUUUGAGCUUGGCAGUGAUAUUGCAGCAAUGGAAAAACUCUUGGAGGAUGCAUUCAUUUUGUUUGGCAUAUUUGCUAUUUUAAUCUUUUUUCUAAAAAUAAUGAAAUGCCUGAGGUAUUUAGUACUUACUAAGUGGUUUGGAGUCCCGAAUUCCUUCUUCAAUUCCUUGGGCGAAUGGGCAGUCAUCACUGGUGGAACAGAUGGCAUUGGGAAAGCAUAUGCACAUGAGUUUGCUAAGCGAGGUUUAAAUAUUGUACUUAUCAGCAGAACUAAGGAGAAACUAAUAAAAGUUGCAGAUGAAAUUGGACAAGUCACAGGAAGAAAAGUAAAGACAGUUCAGGUGAACUUUAUUAGAAGGGACAUCUAUGAGCACAUCAAGGAAAAUCUGAGAGGACUUGAAAUUGGGGUCCUGGUGAACAAUGUUGGAAUGAUGCACACCCCAGAUCCGUGUAGGUUCCUUGAAAUAAAUGACAUAGAUAAGACCAUCAAUGAUAUGAUCGCUGUUAAUAUGGUAUCUGUUGCUAAGAUGACCCAGCUUGUCCUGCCACAAAUGAAAGAGAGACAGAUGGGUCUGAUCCUGAACAUUUCGUCUGGUGCGGCUAAUGCUCCGUGUCCACUGUACUGUUUGUACUCUUCUACUAAGGUCUUUAUGGAAAGAUUCUCCAGAGGCUGUCAAGCUGAAUAUGGUUCAAAGGGAAUUAUCAUACAGUGUUUAAUGCCCUAUGCCGUUGCUUCCCAAAUGUCACGUGUUAAGCCUGGGAUAUUUGCAAGGUCAGCAGAAGACUAUGUGAGAAGCUCACUGGAUUGUGUUUUACUUGGAGAGCGAUGCAAUGGCUGUCUGCCACAUGAGAUAUUGGAGAAGACAUCCCAUAACAACAAUGAGAGGUCACGGACUGGUGCGGGACCCCCACAUCUCAUUCUAAUGCACUAUGAGCAGGAGCCCCUAGCGCUCGAGAGGUGGCAUGCACCUAGGACAACUGGCCACAGAGAUGUUGGGGUGUCAGGAGAAGGUUCACCAGCAGGUGGUCACAAUGAGGACCCUGAAUGCCCACCCUGA